UGCGCUUCGUUCGAGCGGUUCAGUCGAGCGUCCGCCUCUCACCGAAGCGCAUCUCCUCUCGAUCCGUGUCUACUGUCACGAUUAGUGACCACAGGAAAAACGGAAGCUGUGCUUGUCCAAGUGAAGAAGCUGUCCGGUGCCUGUGAUGUGUGACUACCGUUGCUGACAGGAUCAAGAGUGUUGUGAAGCGUUCAUCGUCCCAAGAGGAAUCAAUAUGAGAGAGAGAUCGACCGAGGGACACAUGAGGCAGUGACAUGAACCACGGACUUCGAAAAUGAUGAGGUGGAAGAAGCAAGGAGUCACCGAGGGCGAAGGAGCAUCGAUUCUGCUACUCGUCGCAUUGGCUCCUGUUAUCUGUGCCGCUGGAAUCCUGGACCCUUGGCAGUGGGCGCGUAGUGAUCGUAUCGAGGUCAACAUUCCUUGGUUGCCAUUCGAAAACGAGACACGUUGCUACGACGAGCUAGGCUGUUUGAACAUAACCAGGAGCUGGUACCACCUCAUCCACAGGCCGCUGAAUGUGUUCCCUUUACCACGGGAAGUCAUCAAUACAAGAUUCAUUUUGUACACGAAGGAAAAUCCCACCGAAGGCCAAGUGUUAAUAGUCGCCAGAGACAAGUCCAUCAAACGAUCGAACUUCAGUCCGAAAAAAAAGACGAAAUUCAUCAUACACGGUUUCAUAGACACCCCGCUUAGUAAUUGGGUCAAGGAGAUGAGGUACGAAUUAUUGAAACAUGACGACUACAAUGUCAUCGUGGUGGAUUGGGCUGGAGGUAGCCUGCCAUUGUACACUCAGGCGACUGCCAAUACAAGACUGGUGGGCCUUGAAAUAGCUCACCUCAUCAAACAUUUGCAGACUAAUUAUGGGCUGGACCCGAACGACGUGCAUCUGAUCGGACACAGUUUGGGAGCCCACACAGCAGGAUACGCGGGUGAAAAAUUGGGCGGGAUAAUAGGUCGUAUAACGGGUUUGGAUCCUGCGGAACCCUAUUUCCAAGGAAUGCCUAGUCACCUAAGACUCGAUUACACGGAUGCCAAGCUGGUCGAUGUCAUUCACACGGAUGGCAAGAGCAUCUUCCUCUUAGGGUACGGAAUGAGUCAGCCGUGCGGCCAUUUGGACUUCUACCCAAACAACGGGAAGGAACAGCCAGGAUGCACGGAUCUGAGCGAAACCACACCGUCCUUACCCUUGACGCUCAUAAAAGAGGGUCUGGAAGAGGCAUCCCGGGUGUUGGUGGCUUGCAAUCACGUGCGUGCCAUAAAACUGUUCAUCGAAAGCAUCAACUCGAAGUGCCAAUACGUGGCACACGAGUGUUCCAGCUAUGCUAGUUUCCUCAAGGGGGAGUGUUUCUCCUGCAAGAGUAACAAUAGCCUCAGCUGCGGUGUCAUGGGGUACCAUGCGGACACUAGUCCUGCGCUGGUCAGAAGGCAGGCCAUGGGGCAGGACGUUCUGUCACUAUUGGGGUCGAAGUUCUUCUUCACCACUGGCAAAGAAGACCCUUAUUGCAGAAGGCACUACAGAAUUACCAUCAAUCUUGCCCGACCACCGACUGCAGAGAGCUGGGUGCAGGGCUUCAUGAAAGUUACUCUGUAUGCUGAAAAUGGGAUAAUAAGAGACGUCGAUCUUACUCCUAGCGGAUACAUGAAACUGGAACACGGAUCGACGGUACGAAUGGUGGUCGCUGCCGGACCAUCUGGUGAAAUUGGAAAAAUCAAACGGGUUGAACUUUCAUGGGCCUACGACAUGGACGUGCUACAGCCACGAUCGUUGUGCUUCUUUUGGUGCAACGACCGUCUCUACGUGAACAGUGUCACUGUGGACGUUAUGGAGCUUCCAGGCAGAGGAAAAAGAGAAGCAGACUUCACCAGCAAACUUUGCUCUGCUAGCAGGCACGAAUAUGCAGAGAUUGCUAGUGGUUCCACAGCAGCCUUUGUUGACAACUGCUGACAUUAUCUUCAAUUCAUUUGAAGGAUUUCUGAUUACACUGUGAUCAGUCUGAAGUUUGUGAUAGUGUUCCUGUGAAGGGUAUGACAAUUGAAAUAUAAAUGAUUUUCUUUUCAGUAAUAUUAAAUUAGAACUAAUUUAAGCGAAACAAUCAUGUUCAUAGUACAGAAGUAUUGAACAUGACUUUAAAAAACAAUACACUGUACUUUGGUAAUAGUUUAUUUAAAAAAAAAAAAAGAAAAAAGAAAAACAUUCAUGUAACAGAAACAUAUGCUAAGUUCAAAGAACACAAUGCACAAGUUACAGGUAAAAAAACAAAUCAUAAACAGCAAUACUUAUCUUUUAAAAGCAAAAUAUCGAUGGAAUUAUUUUCACAUAUCACAAAAAACUGUACAAACAUAAUUGAAAAAAAAGUAUUGUGUUUACAAGAAAUUUUUCUUUUACAAAAAUCAUUGCCUCAUUCAGGAAUUCACACUUUUGUUUCCUGUAAAGUGCAUUGAAGAUUGUUAGUCAAAUCAAUUUGAAAAUAUGUAAUGUAUGAAAUCGGCACGUAUUUGCAGCAGUAUUAAAUACGAUUGAUUUACUUUGUACAUCUUGUAUAUAUAUAUACACACACAUAUAUAUAUAUAAAUAUAAAUUCGAUAGUGUUAACUAGAUAAUGCUAGGGUUAGUACAAAGCAGGUAUCUUUUGCGAGUGAUCAUCGACGGUUUCUAGUAGAAAUUGUUAAAACGCAAAAACUUUUGGUUCAAUUGUGAACUGUGCGUAUCUACGUCCAUCUUUUAUACAAUAUUUACAGGAAAGUUCAUUACCGUCCGUUGUGACAUAAAUAUAGCGAGAAUCGUUUGUGAUAUUUUUCCUUUUUUUUUU